UCCUCCCAUAUUCAUUCAGCUGUAUAAAACUGGCGAGGAGCAACUCUCUGCACUCUUCGAGCCGACGACAGGGGUUCACUGUUACCAAGUGCUUGGUUCUGCAACUGAAACUGGGAAAAAGAGAUGGCACCUGUCAAGAAGGGUAUCAUUGAACGUCUGAGCGCUGGGGAGGUGGUGAUCGGGGAUGGAGGCUUUGUGUUUGCUCUGGAGAAGAGGGGAUACGUAAAGGCUGGGCCCUGGACUCCUGAGGCUGCUGUCACACAUCCUGAGGCUGUGCGACAGCUGCACAGGGAGUUCCUGAGGGCAGGGUCUAACGUCAUGCAGGCAUUUACAUUCUACGCCAGUGAUGACAAACUGGAGAACAGGGGUCAGAUGCUGAAAACCACCGGGGUACAAGUCAACGAGGCAGCGUGCGACCUGGCGAGGGAAGUUGCCAACGAGGGCGAUGCCCUGGUGGCCGGCGGAGUGUCUCAGACUCCAUCCUACCUGAGCUGCAAGAGCGAGACAGAAGUGAAGGCCAUCUUCAAGAAGCAGCUGGAAGUGUUCACGAAGAAGAACGUGGACUUCCUAAUUGCUGAGUACUUUGAGCAUGUCGAGGAGGCGGAGUGGGCCGUGCAAGUGCUGAAGACGAGCGGGAAGCCUGUCGCCGCCUCUCUGUGCAUCGGACCAGAGGGAGACAUGCACGGCGUCUCACCUGGAGAGUGUGCCGUCAGGCUGGUGAAGGCCGGGGCCCAGAUCGUAGGAAUCAACUGCCACUUUGACCCCAUGACCUGUGUGAAGACUGUUAAGAUGAUGAAGGAGGGAGUAGAGAAGGCCAAGCUGAAGGCUCACUACAUGGUGCAGCCACUUGCCUUCCACACUCCCGACUGCAACUGUCAGGGAUUCAUCGACCUGCCAGAGUUCCCCUUUGCCCUGGAGCCCAGGAUCCUGACCCGCUGGGACAUGCACACGUACGCCAGAGAGGCCUACAAGGCGGGCAUCAGAUUCAUUGGUGGCUGCUGCGGGUUCGAGCCUUACCACAUUAGGGCCGUGGCUGAGGAGCUGGCCACUGAGAGAGGGGUCAUGCCCCCUGGCUCAGACAAACAUGGAAUGUGGGGCUCUGCUCUGGAGAUGCACACCAAACCCUGGGUUAGAGCCAGGGCCCGUCGUGACUACUGGGAGCAUAUUUUGCCCGCAUCCGGCCGACCCAAUUGCCCGUCCGUUUCCACACCAGAGUCUUGGGGUGUGACCAAGGGCCACACCGACCUGCUGCAGCACAAAGAGGCCACCAGCACCCAGGAAAUGAAGCGCGUGCUGGAUAUGCAGAAGAAGGCCAAGUCCCCGGCGUGAGCGAGGCGGGGCGGGAUCACUCGACAAAAGGACCAAGUGGAGUCUUUCCCAGUUCAGUUUGGAGAUAAAAAGCACUUGUAACAGUGAUACUCCACUCGUGGAGUAUUGCUAUGUGAACCCCUACAUAAUAAACAUUUGUUUGUUUGUUUCUUAAUUCUA